GGAGGGGCGCCUUCUGAAGGUUGCUGUCCGCGGUGCUGAAUCCUGACGCGACUGCGGAAGAGAAGUGGCGGACCCGAGAAAUUGCUCUGCAAAUCUUGUCAUAUUUUCACUUCCACUCGCAAUUAUCGCAUCCAUAAAUGUUGGACCAUCCUGUAUUUAACACUGACACGAUUAUGGUUUAGCAAAGGUGUGCAAUGGAUUAGAUUAGGUAGAGUAAUGGAUUCGCCGUGUUCCAUCAUCUUCGCUGUGUUGGCUCUUUGCCUGUCUCUUCCAACUACCUCCGCUGACAGCAAAUUUGACAGAGUGUUUGGAAGGUGUCUGGAGUUACCCAGUGCAGAUCUAUACACCUAUGAUGAGUCAGCCUCUGCUCUACAGCGCCUCAGGACUCUUCUCCAGAAACUGUCCCACAGAGGGUUGACAUGGCAGGAUGCUACCACCCAGCAGGUGAUCUCCAGAGAGCUUUCCAAGAUACGCAAGGUUCCAAUCCUAAGGCCGGAACCCCCUUCUGCCUCCCUGACCCUCUAUGGUGGAGCCAGGAAGCUCAAGACUGGAAAGGGAGAGCUUGGCAUCCAGAAGUACCUGCAAGAGCUUGGUCUCCUUCCCCAGUCUAUUGGCACUGCUCGCCAGGGGCCCCAGCGAGAGGGCCCCCUCACUAAGAAUGAAGACUUCCAGCCCAAGAAGGGAAAGUCUACAUUCUAUAGUCUACAGUCUGCAGAGCCACCCCAGGGGGGUAAGGUCUUCACACAGGGGGCCGUGGGUAGCUGGAGACCCCCAGUGGAGACAGCCUACUCCAGCCAGGAGCCUGGGAGUGCCAGGGGAAGUGCCAAGGGGUUGACUGCCCAGCUGGAGCGCUACCUGGCUGGGGCAGCACACACCCAGAGCCGCCCAGUACAAGGGGCAGUGGUGGGAUCAGUGGUGGGACCCAAGGGGAAGCUCCACUAUGUCAACUAUGUCAGCCCUGUACGCUCUGGUGAUCAGGUGGAACCCCAGACACGACUUGGCGACAGUGGCUCCAAACCUCCAAGGCCCAACAUAGACAGGCUUCUCUUCAAGGCUGCUUCCAACUAUCAGGUGCCCAAGGAACAGCUCAGUACAGUGGAUGAACGGUUCAUCCAGAACGUGGUCAACCAGCUGGGGAGGCAGAGAGUGAACAUGGAUGGUUUGAUGGGUAAAGACCAGAACCAGCUGGCAGACAUCAUCUCUGAGGCCCUGCAUGUGGUGGAUGGGGAGGGGCCCGGGGCCAGAGCUAAGCCCAGGGUCAUGACACCCAUACGGGACAGGCAGAUGAAGAGAGAGCCCUUACCUUCCAAGGACCAGGAUGAGGAGGACCAAGACGACAUGUUGGGGCAAGAUGCAAGGCUUCAAGGGCAACCAAUGGAGGAUGCAGACUCUGAGCCAGACGACAAGGACCCAGGCUUCGUCAGUAAGCUGUUGGAGUAUCUCAAUAUGGACCCCUUCAGUGAUGAGCCAGAUGCCCAGAUGGAGGUUGAUGGUGCUGGGGCAGCAGGCAGCCCCUCUAUUGAGGGCCAGAGAACAGUGGGUCUGGAGAAUGUGAGAAGCAGGACCACACAGGGCCAGGUGCCUGUAUCACGCCCCUGGGAGGAGAGGAACAUGGCCAUAGGAGGAGAGGAUAGAUCUCCAGACCAACCGAUGGAGGUCCAGGCUUCUGAAUCCAUGGUAGACUCUGAGGUGGAGAGGUGGAUCCACGGUACCAAAGCUCCUCCUCCUCUUGAGGCUGAGACAGACCUCCUGGCAGAUAAACCACAGAAGAAGAAUCUCCUAGCAGAACCACAGAAACAGGAUAUGCGACUCCAGGAGGAGGAGGAGGAGGAGGUGGUGGUGCAUAUGGGGGUCAAAGCUUACUCAAAGUCACAUCGAGGGAAAAACCACCUCGGCGACUUUGGCUACAUCAUUACAGACACAGACUCCCUCACCUCUGACCAGGGCUUGGACCUGAUGGAACAUGUGGGUCGGAGGAUCAACCUCCAGGUGGCCAACAUUCUCCACCUCUCAGUGCUGGGUCCAGCUGUGACCUUCAGGGUGGGCUCCAACCCUCAUAAUGUCAGCACUGCAGAUCUGGCCCACAUUGCAGUUCAGCAGAAGAAGCAGCUGGAGAAGGAAACGGGUGUGAAGAUCCUGGAGGCUGGUGUCAGUGAUAAGGGCAGCUUGAGACAGAUCCCGGUGGUCAAGGAGAGUCAUCUGGAGUCUGGUCAGUUCAUGGUCUUGACCAUCAUCUCCAUGGUCCUGAUCAUGGGGGCACUGGCAGUGUCUGGCUGGCUCUUCUGCCUGCGCCACCGCUCCCACCUCCAACUGAAGGAGAAACUAGCCAGCCUGGGGACUGACACCAGCGCUGAUGCAACCGCAACCUAUCAGGAGCUGUGUCGCCAGCGGAUGGCUGUGCGGACAUCGGAGCGUCCGGAGCGUCCGGAGCGUGCGGAGUGCCCGGAGCCUCUGCGGCGCCUCUCGCGGCUGAACAGCUCGUCUUCUCAGUUCAGCGAUGGGGGACCCAUAGCCAGCCCCUCGGCCCGUAGCUCCACUUCCUCCUGGUGCGAAGAGCCUGUCCCCUCCAACAUGGACAUCUCCACCGGACACAUGAUACUGUCGUAUAUGGAGGACCACUUGAAGAACAAGAACCGCCUGGAGAGGGAGUGGGAGGCGAUGUGUGGUUACCUGGCUGAGCCCAGUGACUGUGACGUGGGCCAGGGCGAACACAACACCAAGAGGAACCGCUCUGACGCCGUGGUUGUCUAUGAUCAUUCCAGAAUCACCUUGAAGGCUGAGAAUAACCAUGGCAACUCGGAUUACAUCAAUGCUAGCCCAAUUAUGGACCAUGACCCGAGGAACCCCAUGUACAUCGCUUCACAAGGCCCUCUCCCCUCCACCGUGGCUGACUUCUGGCAGAUGGUGUGGGAGAGUGGCUGUGUGGUCAUCGUCAUGCUAACGCCCCUGUCUGAAAAUGGAGUCAAACAGUGUCAACAGUACUGGCCAGACGAGGGCUCCAAUGUCUACCAUGUUUAUGAGGUGAACCUUGUGUCAGAACACAUCUGGUGUGAGGACUUCCUGGUCAGGAGUUUCUACCUGAAGAACUUGCAGACCAACGAGACACGCACUGUCACGCAGUUCCACUUCCUUUCCUGGGUGGACCACAGCAUCCCUGACUCAGCCAGGACCCUGCUGGACUUCCGUAGAAAGGUUAACAAGUGCUACCGGGGUCGGUCUUGUCCAAUAAUUGUCCACUGCAGUGACGGGGCUGGCAGAAGCGGAACGUACAUUCUGAUUGACAUGGUCCUCAAUAGGAUGGCUAAAGGUGCUAAAGAGAUUGAUAUUGCCGCUACCCUGGAGCACUUGAGAGACCAAAGAGCCGGCAUGGUCCAGACAAAGGAGCAGUUUGAGCUUGCGCUGACAGCGGUAGCGGAGGAGGUGAAUGCCAUCCUAAAAGCACUUCCACAGUGAAACUCGACGCCGCCCCACACCGUGCCACGUCUCGCUGUUUAAACACAUGUUUUUCUGCCCACUCAAGUCUGACAUCUUGCUUAUGUCCCAAAUGGCACCCUAUUCCCUAUGUAGUGCGCUACAUUUGAACAGGGCCCAUAAGGGCCUGGUCAAAAGUGGUACACUAUGUAGGGAAUAGGGUGGUGCCGUUUGGGACAUACGUACCUAUCUUCUCUUGUUUCUCUCUCCUCUGAUUCUCUUGGUAUACUUAUGAAUGUUGUGCCAGAUACUUGAGCGACCUGGUCUUCUUAAGUGUGAUGUAUUCUGUUUGCAGUUGUUAUCGAACAUAUGUUCCAGCACCACUUACAGAUAGCUAGACAAGGUCACAUGUGUUCUCUCCCUCUCUUUGUGAUCUGAAUAAUCUAUUAUACUAAGAAUCAGAUAAUUGGUUAUUGAUGUGUGAUGAACAUGAUAUUGUAUUCAAGGCCUGAACAUCUGUGUCCUGUAUAUAGAGAAGAUGCUUCAAGGAACAAUGUCGAAGUGAUCUUUACUAUUAAAGUUAUGAACCACAUUCUAUGGCCCUGUUCAAAUA